GCAAGAUGAGACCAAUUUUCUGUGGUAACUUUGAGUUUGACACCAGACAGUCUGAGUUGGAAAGGCUUUUCAAAAGAUAUGGCAAGGUUGAUAGGGUGGAUAUGAAAUCUGGAUAACAUUGCAAAGUCCAUACAAUCAUUGCUGAUGGACGGUGUCUAUUUCGUUUCCUGACCGUGACAAGUUUCUCUUCUUGUUUCAAGAAGAGCUCUCCCAUCCAUCGUGGCAUCACAAUCACAUAUUUUCCUCAGUCACUAUUGCCCUCCAUUCCUCAUGAAUUUUGCCCAGCCUUCAUUUUCAGACUUGUCACAUUGCCGACCUUGAAGGCAGCAGUUUGAAAAGGAGAAGGCACACUUUUUACAUUAUCCCAUCAUGUGACAUCCACCUUUCCCUGGCAUCUUUAGUCCACCACUGAAGGUUUUGCUUUUGUUUAUAUGGAUGAUGAAAGAGAUGCAGAGGACGCUAUUCAAGGGCUUGACCGAAUAGAUUUUGGCAGAAAGGGGCGCAGGCUUCGUGUUGAGUGGUCAAAGGAAGAACGGAGCAGAAAGCCUGAGGUUUCUAGAAAAUUUUCAAGUUUCAGAGUUUCCAAGACUUUGUUUGUCAUAAAUUUUGAUCCAUAUAAUACUAGGACAAGGGAUCUGGAGAGGCACUUUGAUCCACAUGGAAAAAUACUCAACAUAAGGAUCCGAAGGAAUUUUGCAUUUAUUCAAUUUGAAUCACAGGAGGAUGCCACUAGAGCCCUGGAUGCUACCAAUAUGAGUAAGCUGAUGGAUCGAGUUAUUACUGUGGAGUAUGCGAUCAAAGACGAUGAUGAUAAGAGAGAUGGGUCUGGUCCCGGUAAAACCCAUGAUAGAUCACCUAGGAGAGGUUAUGACCGAGGUCGAUCUCGUAGUCCUUAUGGAAGAGAUCGGCCAAGUCCUGACUAUGGCCGUGGUCGAGAUCGGCCAAGUCCUGACUAUGGUCGUGGGAGAGAUCGGCUAAGUCCUGACUAUGGUCGUGGUAGAAAUCAGUUAAGUCCUGACUACAGUCGCGGCAGAGAUCGGCUAAAUCCUGAUUAUGGUCGUGGCCCUAGCCCAAGUCCAAAGCAUAGAGAAAGGAAUUCUGAGAAUGCCCGUGGCCAUAGUCCAGCUGUAGGAAAGGAGAGAAAUCCUGGUCAUGGGAAUGGUCGUACACCUAGCCCUCGUAGAGGAAGAUCUGGUCCAGGAAAUGGCCUCGUGAGCAGUCCUCUGGAAAGCAGAAGUCCUGGUUAUGGUGAUAGACCAAGUCCUAGUCCUCAACGGGAGAGGAGAAAGAAAUAUAGCCCGGAUGGUUAUAAUCCUGGCAGCAGCCCAAGUUCUAAACCGGAACCUGUAGAAAGUCCUGUAUGUGAUGGGAGGGAAAGUUCAGAGCGAUACAGGAGUCGUUCACCUCCAUUGCGGGAAAGAUCACGCUCCUAAUUUGCUUGAAGCUGUUUUUGAUCAUUGGAGUAAUGGUUAUGUUGAAAAUGGUGCUUGUAGAAUUAGACCUUGAAGUUGCUGGAGCAUCAAAGUUGGAUGUGGCUUUGGUAACCACUGUAAUGUACCUUCGGAAAAUGGCUUUGUUCGUGGAAGUGAUUUAGAACUGCUUCCAUGUAUUUUGACUGUUAACAUCAUACUCCGUUUCUAUUUGAUAAUGAACCAGUAAGAGGUCAUUCUUUGUUUGGUUAUUUCACCCCAAUCAUGUUAAUUCCCCUCCCAAAUAUGAUGAUCAAUUUGCCAA